AUGUUUCAGAAUCAUACCUUGCUUAAUAAAUGGUAUUUAUCUUAUAAAUCUAGAUAGCUUGAAAGCUUAUAUAUUGAAGAAAAGAAGGAAAUCUAAAAAUGGCUAUUUACGAUUAUUAGUAUUUGCGGUUGUAUACUAUAAAUUUUCUUUACAAUAUUCAAUUAUUACGAGCUUUAGAGUGAUAUACAUAUGUCUAUCGGCAUUGUAUAUGUAAUUUUUUGGAUAGCUAUCUUAUCAAUAGGAAUUCUAUAUCCUUUUAUUGUUAAAUACAGUCUGCUUAUACUAUGCAUUACAAUAACCCUAUAUGUCAGCCACUCCUACCUAAACGAAAUUAACGAAUAUAUUUUGAAAUAAGACAUGAGCGAAACUAUAACUAUAUUAUUUAUAUACGGAUUGGUAUAUACGACAUAUAUCAUUUUCAUUACCAUUCCCAUUAAUUCUUUUUCUAUUAGAUUCUUCUCUGUUAAUUUUUCUUGUCUUUAUUUCUGCUGUACAAUCAUAAUUAAGUCUAAUAGCACUCCUAAUGUCUUAUGGAUUGGGGCUUUCAUUUGUUUGAUUUGCCUGAAUAUCAUUAGCUACUUUGAAGAGAGGUUUUCUAAAAUUUAAUUUGUAGAAAAAUAUAAUAGGAAGAAAUAGUUAGAAGGGUGGAAGACCCUUCUUAACGAGUCAUUUCCAGUAGGUGUAGUUAUUGCUAAAAAAAUGAACAAAUAAUAAAUGCUUAAAGUUAUUUUUUCAAAUUAGACAUGUCGCGAUAUUUUCAACACUGAAGAUAAUUCCUACAUAGAAAGCUAGUUAUAGAAUAUUUAAAUGGAUUACUAAAAAUAAAAACAGAGUGGUGGAACAGAUCAUAGAAUGGAAAAUCACGUGUUUAUUGGAGAUUGCGCAAAGUAAUGUUUAUCAGAUGAAAUAAUUCAAUAUUUCAAUUUGAAUAGAUAAGAACGUAAAAUGAGCAUUGUUUAGCAAGGAAAACCUUAUUGCUCAUUUGGAUACUAUUUAAAUGAGAAGUAAGAAAAAAGCCACUUUAAUAUAAUAGCUAAUAAUAUUGUAUGGGAAGAUGAUAGCUGCUUUUUAAUUAUUCUAAAAGAUGUCAGCUAAAAAAUGAUGUACGAUAGGCUUUAGGAAAUAGAUUAAUACAAGGAUCAACUUUUAGCUUCAGUCACACAUGAAUUAAAGACUCCUUUAAAUGGUAUAUUGGCUAUUGUUUAAGCUGCUGAGCAUGAAGAAGAUAUUGUUGAAAUCAGAAAGUAAUUAUAGUGCAUAAAGGAAAGUGGAUGUAUGUUAGAAAUAAUUUUAAAUGAUAUAUUAGAUUAUUCAAGACUUUAAAAGUAAAAGCUGCGCUUAAAUAUAAAUAAAUUCGACAUGGUCAACACUAUUGAUGAUGUUAUUAAUAUAGUGUAAAUAUAAUUUAGUAAGCCAGAUAUUAAAAUUAUAAAAGAAAUUUAAAUGGAAAACACUAUCAUACAGUCUGAUUCUAAUAGAUUAAAGCAAAUUAUUUUUAAUCUGAUGACUAACGCAAUUAAAUUCACAGAAAGAGGCGAAAUUAAAAUUAUAGUUAAAAAAUCCUCUUCAAAUUGUGUAUAAAUUACAGUAUAAGAUACUGGAGUUGGGAUACCUGAAAAUUUACAAAAAAAAUUAUUUAAAUUAUAUGGGACUUUUGAUCAUAGUAAUGGAUCAAACAGGCAUGGAGUUGGCUUGGGGUUAGUGAUAACAAAAAAUCUAGUUGAACUACUUGGCCCUUCCAAUUAUAUUAAUCUAGAAAGCACUGUUGGUAAAGGAUCUUCUUUCACUUUUGAAAUAUACAACAAACUGAAGUAAGAGGAAGAUAGUUUAGCAGACCUUGUUGAAGAAGAUGAAGGAAUAGAAGAAGAUUUAUCAGAGAGCAAAAAUAUAGCUUAAUGCUUAGACCCCACAGUAAAUAAUGCAAACACUAACAACAACAAUAAUAAUCAUAACAAUUUCAAUAAUUAAGAUAAUAUUACUAAUAAUAACAAUAUCGAACAAGGAUAUGAAAGCUCUCCACCAACUAACACUACAAGUGUUAGCAAAAGUAUUUAGCCUUUUAUUUCAAGAUAUGAAACUGAAGGGAACAAUUUCACUCAGACAGAAGGUUCACCAAUGAAAACAGAGUCAGGAUUUAAAAAUUAUGAUUAAGAAAAAAUUUUAUUAAAUAGCUACUUCCCAUAAGGAAUAAUAUCUAAAAAUAUUUUCUCAUAACAAAAUAUACAAGUGGAUAAAAUGAAACGUGUUUAUAGAAAAUCUUCAGCAUAAAUUUAUCACACAUCCUAUAAUACAAUAAAUAAAACACUUGCAUAAUAACCUCCUUAAUUGAACUGUGAUGUGAAGAAAAGACAUCGCAACUCAUUUUAUAUACCUUAACAUAAAUAUAAAACUAAUGAAAACGAUAAUAAUAAUAAUGUUAGUGACUAAUGCAUUAUCUUCAACACACCUCAAUUCAAAAAAAAUUCUUAAAAUACUGAAUCAACUUAAAUAUUCACAUCUUUAACUCCCUCUAAUACUGAUGAAAAAUAUGAAAAUAACCAAAAUCAAGUCAAUUUAAAAGAAUAGUUUAGCAGCCCUUCUCCUUCUCCGUAAAGAAUAUAUACUAACUCAGUGAUGAAUAAGAAAUUUAAAGUAAGUAAGAGUUUUUAAGAAGUAUCUCCUACACCAAGUAUUACAUUAUAUAGAAAUAAAUUGAGUCAAAAAUGCUCUUUUGAUAUCGAUAGUAUAACAAUACCUUCUAAAUCUCAUUCUGAAGUAAAUGUAUUUGAUAUCAUCUUUAAGAAAAGAACUAAGAUUUUAAUUGUAGAUGAUACCUAUCUUAAUAUAACAGCCCUUAGGCUAAUAUUAGGAAAGUGUUAAAACUUAGUUAUUGAAGAAGCUUUUCAUGGUUAAUAAGCAAUUGAAAAAAUAGAAGAGAGCUAAAAAUAAAACGACCCCUUCUAACUUGUUUUUAUGGAUAUGAAUAUGCCAAUAAUGGAUGGAGUUUAAGCUAUUAUUAUUAUCCGUUAAAAAAUAAAAGAAGGUUUACUCUCUGACCUUAAAAUUGCAGUUUGUUCUGCAUUUGGAGAUUUGCAAAGUAAAAUGAAGUGCAUAAAAGCUGGUGCUGAUUUACAUAUAGAAAAACCUAUAAAUAAAUAUGAAAUGGAAUAGCAAUUACUGUAAAUAUAUAAUAUCUAAUUAGAGUCUCACUCUUGA